UGGACUGGUCUGAGAGGAGGCACCCGGCUGCCUCCUUAGCUCCGAAGCUCGUUAAACGCCGACGUAUUGACGUUUCGCGCGCGUAUCUCGUUCGCUGCGGGUACCUCCGGGAACGGCGUUGGGACGCGCGUAGCUGUGCUGGUGUUUCAGUGAGAAAUAGCGCAGGGGGAUUUUGGAACACGGCAGCAAGACCAAAAUCCGUCUCGUCCACGAACAGGUUGCUGCGAAACUGGCUCGUGAUGAAGCUCCUCUACGAGAAUCCGGUGUCUCGUUCGGGACGAUGGUGACAGUGUUGGGGUGAGGGAACGUUCAGCAGAGCCGAAGAGGAUGCUUCGGCGGGAGAAGGGGGUCGAGUCCUAAAGUCGAUAAUGAGACUCGCGCACUGCCUCGGGCACGACGAUGGAGAAUUCGCGCGCGUCGCGAUGACGAGUUCUCGAUAGUGACUGCGAGAGGGACAGAGACAGAAACAGAUAAAGAGAGAAAGAAAGACUUCACGAUUGUGUUGCUCGAGCCGGUGAAUCCUCGUGAGGAUUGCCGGGGAUUCGGACAUGUUAAGCCAGUGAACGAGAUUCGUUGUUGUGUGAGAACCACGUGAAUUAUAAGGUGAGAGUGCACGGUCGUGUCGGGAAGAUGUACGUAGUUUAAAGGGCUCAAAUCUGCCGUGGCCUCGGCUGGCAAAAAGAAGGCCUGGCUAGCGAGCAAAAAAAGACGGAAGAGUUCUGCGGCCGAGUGGACCGAGGGAUAUCGCACUUCAGUUUAGCACGUUUCACUGUACGCACGGCAUGUGCACCACGGAGAUGACGGAAUCGUACACGAUGUCGCCGUCGACGACGGUAUCUUCCAGCGCCGCGACGCCCGGUUGUAUGAGCGGCUCGCCGGCGCACCGACGGACGUCGUGCAGAGGUUCUCCAAGUCGAGGGGACGUGCAAGACGACGACGACGAGAUUUCCGUAGGCUGCCCUAGUCCCUUGCCGUUGGUGGUGGUGACACCCAAUACGGAGGACGAGUUGGUGACGUCCGCAAGGGAAGAUUACGUCGAGCGCCUGAGCCCGAGAAGGUCUUAUCCUUGCGACGCGAUGACAGAGGACGAAGAGAGCUACUCCCGCAACGGCGACUAUAGGAUGUCGAACGGGCGAGCGAGUGGUAGAGCCCGUGAGAGUGGCGACUCCGUCACAACGCUCAGGGACGACGAGGAGGAUGAUGACGAAGAGGAAGAAGACGUCGACAGUAGGACCGGCAGCAACGGCGCGACCACUGCCGGCACCACUGACGAUUACUUCAAGCCGCUCAAGCGCCUCAAAAUGGUGCAAAUGCAACACUCGGACGAGGAGGAAGAAAGGGAACGGGAGUCCAAUGAUCGUGGCGUCAAAUCCUUCAGUAUCCUAGACAUCUUGUCCCACCGGCCGAAGGCGAAAAUUGUCCGACCGUGGGACACGGUAGACUCUAGCCUCGGUCAUCAGCACCGCCAUCACCUCCAUCAUCAUCACCAUCAUCAACAGCAACAACAACAGCACCAUCCGCAUCACCACCUGCACCACCAUCAUCACCACUCGGCCCAUGCCGGGCCUCGGGAUCUCUCGCUGAUGGGCAUGUCGCUCGCGUCCAUGUCCAGCUCCAUCAGCGAGCCUCCCCUUAGCAGCUCCUCGUCAUCCGGCAGGAGCUCCGUAUCGGAUUCCGGUAGCCCGGAUCCGCUCGCUCAUCAUCACCAUCAUCACGCCGCGCUCCACCACGGCAUUCAUCCCGGCCUCCAUCACCCGGCGCUGCAGCAGCCGCAACAGCCGCAGCAAUUCAAGCGGAAAACCUCGCAGCAGCAGCACAGCUCGCACGCUGGACAGAACGGCAAGAGAACGACAGGACAAGGCAGUCCGUUGGACGCGCUCUUUCAAAUGACCAGCAAGACCUUCGACGCCGGCGAGCACAGCCAAGAGCAAGCCAAUCACUUGAACCUGUUCAACAAUCGCCAGCAGCCGAAGAAGAAGCGCAAGAGUCGGACCGCGUUCACGAAUCAGCAGAUUUUCGAGCUGGAGAAACGAUUCCUCUAUCAGAAAUACUUGAGCCCGGCCGAUAGAGACGAGAUCGCCGCUCAACUUGGCUUGAGCAAUGCCCAAGUGAUCACGUGGUUCCAGAACAGGAGGGCGAAGCUCAAGAGGGACAUGGAGGAACUCAAGAAGGAUGUGCAGACUGUGAAUCCACUUCUGGUCGCCCAACACCACAAGACGUUCUUAGAGAACGUGCAGGACUUGGGAAUUCUGAAGAAACGACCAUUGCCAAACUCUAUGGACGAGAAGUCGUAGAACGCCCGAGAUCGCCUUAGCCUUAAGACUUUCUUUCUGCGUGCAAUCGAGGCUCGACGGUGGCGGAGAAAUUGGAUAACGGAUAUAGUCGCUCGGAUAUAGUUGCUCGUGCGCGCGCGACAGUACCGUUGUGUCUUUUCGCGUAAGUAACGAUCGAACAUACGAUGACAUUGUGGAAUGAUUUUGUACGGCAUACUACUCGCGGAGGGCACACACGAAGAUCGUUUCACGCCGCGUCAAAUUUUUCAGAAACGCUGCUUCGGUACAUUCGAUGUAUUUCGUUUUUAGUGAACUUGUGUUGUUACGAACAAUUAAAAUCUCAAAAGUAGUGGAAAUUUCCCGACAAGUUAUAUUACAGAAAUUAAUUUUUAGUGAACAUGCGUUGUUACGAACAAUUAAAAUCUCAAAAGUCGUAAUCUCAAAAGUGGAAAUUUCCCGACAAGUCAUAUUACCGAAAUUUGAAUACCGAGACUAUUCCAAAAUACUGAUUUCUUUGAAGAAUUAUUAUUUUGAGAAAAACAGUGCACACAAAUAUAUUAAUGGUGGACAUGCAUUUUUCUGAAAAAUCAAUGUCUCAUAAUUUGAAAACUAAGACUAUUAUGUAAUUAAAAAAAAAAUACAUAACACCAAAAUUUAAAUACAACAUAAUAUCCCAAAAUACAAUUUUCUUAAAAUAUGUGAUUGAUUCGAACCCGAAAACAGGAUAUGUGUAUUAAUUCCUUUAAAAUUCAAAUACAAAACAAUAUCUCAAAAUACAAUUUUCUUAAAAUAUGUGAUCGAUUCAAACCCGAAAACAGGAUAUGUGUAUUAACCUUUUAAUCCUAAAUUAAUUCUAUACGCAAAAAAAUUUUUUUUUUAUUUAUUAUUGUUUCGAGCAAUGUAAAUAUUUUAUUUUUAUUUUUCUAUUAACUAUUUUUUUAGAAAUCAAAAUAUUAGAGAAACAAUUCUUUGAUAUUAUAUUUAUUUUUAAUGCAAACUAUAUAUUUUGCAUAAUAUCAAUUUUCUACUUUUUAUACAUUAUAAUAAUGCACAAGAAUAUUCUAUAUAGCCCACUAUUUUAUGACAGGUAAAUACAAUAUUAAUGAAUUGUACUUAUUUAGAAUUGUCAAUCUUGGAGUAACUAAAUGAAAAUCAUGAGAAACAGUGUUGUCAACAACAUUUUACAUUUUGUUGGAGAAGAAUUGAUUGAAUUAAUGUCUGUAUCGACUUGAAUUAUUGAAGUAUUGCCUUAAGAUAACAACGGAUGGCAAAGGGUUAAUAUUUUGAGUAUACUCUUGUAUUUAAAUGAGUAGAUACUAAUACACCUAUGCAAUUCCAAUAUUUCGGCAAAAUUGUAUUUCAGGAGAUUAUCUAGGUAUUCAGAUUUCAGUAUUAUGAUUUUUUAGAAAAUUCUUCCACUUUUUAAAUUUUGGUAUAUUUUUUUUCGGGAUAAUGUCUACUCAUUUGGAUUUAUUCAUUCUUGCUGCACUUACAUAUUAAUGUACUCAACUGUACAACGAGACAAUUUCGAUAUUUCAGUAAAAUUCUAUUUCGAAAAAUUAUCCUGAUACUCGAAUUUUGGUAUUACGAUUUUUCAGGAAAUUGUCCUACUUUUCAAAUUUCAAAAUAUUUUUCUUUUUCAGAAUAAUACACGCGCGCGUUCACCUUUCUUUUUAUGCACUGUUUGUAACUCUUUGUCGAGUUUUCAUGUUUUUCUCGAGAAAAGCAUGAAGAAAAUUCUCCGAUCAAUAGCUUUUUCUCGGGCUUAUUUGAUUUGUCACUAAUCUAACUUAAUUCUUGUCUGGAUCUAUAGCCACGGUUUUGUAUCUCAAAUAUUAUAGUAGUUUAUUUCACGAGUUGUAUUUACAAAUCGAAUGUAUGUAUGUACGAAAAUGUGUUAAUUUUUUUUAAUCAAAUGUAAUAAAAUUUGCAAUAACGUCUUU